AUGAGUAAUUCGGUGGAAGAAAGAUUGAGAGCGAAUUCUAAUGCCUUUGAUGGCUUAUUGGCAUUGAUUCCAGCUAAAUAUUAUUACGAUGAACAAACACAGGACCAAUGGAAAGCCAAGAAGAAGAGUAAAGACCAAGCCCGUGAUGAUAAGGCUAAGAAGUUAGAUCCAAACUCUCAGAGUGAAGAAGUUUCCACAGCGUUGGAUGUGAUGAAGAAACGUGAAGUAAAUGCGAAGCCUGUAGUGUUGCCUGGUCAAAGGAUGAAAGAAAUGAAAGAGGCUCAAAGACUAGCUGCUACUGUUAAAAGUAAAGAGAGUAAAGCGGCAACUAAGGAUGAUGAAAGUGAAGACGAUAGUGAACAAUCUCUACAUGAAAACGAAAGUAUUAAACUGAUCUUUGAUGAUGAAGGAAAUGAAAUCAGAGACGAUGAUGCCGCUGAGGAAGAACAAAUUUCUUCUGAAGAUAGUGAUAACGAUAAGGAGAUAGAGGUAAAAGAACAAAAUUUUGAGACCGAUGGUGAGAAACAUGCUGCUAUCAAAGAGGCUAAGACUGUUGAACAGAAGAAGAUCACUGAAGAGAUGAAGGAAAAGAAACAAAAGAAUUUAGAUGCGUUGCGUGCCAAAUUACAAUCCAAGAUUCAAAAUAUGAGAAAUAAACGUAAGGCUCCAGGUUCAAAGGCUCAAGGAGCUCCUGCAUCAAGAGAAGCCAUUUUGAAACAAAGACAAAACAGAGAAGAAUCUAGAAAGAAAAGACAAUUACCUGAACAAGAUGACAAUAGCGAUUCUGACUCUAGUGAUGAAGAAGAUGAUCAUCUUUCUAAAAAAUCUAAAGGUAAUGAUAAAACUGAUGACAUAAAUGCUGAUGGUGUGAUCUUCCAAAACAUUAUGUUUGAUGAUGGUGAUAGAGCUACAUCUGAUUUACAAAGGAUAAGGAGAAAUGGUAGUGGCAAGAAAAAAGGUCCAGCUAAAAAAGAUUUAAAAGCUCAUUUAAAGAUUUUGGAAGAUAGAAAGGCUAAACUUGAAUCUAGAGAUGAAUUAGAUCAAAUCAAACAAAAGGAAAAAGAUAAAUGGCAAAGGACAUUGCUUCAAACUGAAGGUGUUAAAAUUAAAGACGAUGAAAGAUUGUUAAGAAAAGCAUUAAAGAGAAAGGAAGCCAAGAAGAGGAAGUCUUCCAUUGAAUGGAGAGAUCGUAAACAAAUGGUUGUUGAUACCAAGGCUGAAAGAGUAAAGAGAAGAGAAGAGAAUUUACAAAUUAGAAAAGAUAAUAAAGGUGUUAAAAGAUCCAAGCAACAAAAGAUGAAACGUAAAUUUAAAGGUGUCAUAACACCUAAGAAAAGAGCCGGAUUCGAAGGCCGUUUAAAAUCUGGUAAAGGUAGAAGGUAA